AUGGAUGAAACAACGCUGAAUGUCGCCCUCUCUGUCUUCUCUACCCUGGGAGCAGCUCUCGCCUUGGCCCCUCACCCCUGAAAAAUGUAUGCCUGCUCCAUCUCUACCUGUUCCCUGAUCAGGAGCGCCUCUCACCUGCUGAGUGGUCCGCUCUCCGCAGUGGAGUUGAAGCGACCACAGAGGCCAACAGAUGAGGGCCUCAGCUGCCUGGCAGUCCGGCGGCCUCUGACCUCACUUAUCCCUAGCCACAGCUUCCAAACCAGCGCCAUUUCAAGAGACAUCGACACAGCUGCCAAGUUCAUUGGAGCUGGGGCUGCUACAGUUGGGGUGGCCGGCUCUGGAGCAGGAAUUGGGACUGUUUUUGAGAGUCUCAUCAUUGGCUAUGCCAGGAACUCUUCUCUGAAGCAGCAACUCUAUGCGAUGCUGGGUUCCGCCCUCUCUGAGGCCAUGGGGCUCUUUUGCCCAAUGGUGGCCUUCCUCAUCCUCUUCGCCAUGUGAAGCAGCUGUCUCCACCUCCACCUCCAUGGU